CACUCCCAUUACUAAGUUAUAGUUCUUUCUCAAUGCCUGUCCUGUUUGUACGUCACUCCGAAGUUGACGUUCUCAUUAUUGGCGCUGGCCCUGCUGGUCUCAUGCGCGCAAAUGCCCUCACAAAUGUGAGAGUGAAUGUCCACAUCGUCGACCAAAGAUCAGUGGGUCGACCCUUCCAUUCCUGCUUUCAACUCAACGUUUCAUUAGGACCUCAAAAAUAGCCACUAGUUAAGCUUUAAGAUGGGCUUGCAGGAUAUGUGGUUCUUCACUUGUACAGGUUUGUUCUUCAUUGUUCGUGUUCAUUCUUGCCUGCUGCACUCAUUUUCACCUGCACAUGUUCAUUCUCGCCUGCACGUACACUGCGCAUGUAGACUCGACUCUGAAUGGGGGACUAAUAUAUUUGUUGGACAAGGUGUGUGUGUGUUUUCCGACAUCACACGCACGGCUCACUUGAACUUGUCUGCACUUGCCCAUGCCUCCACUCCUCCUUCCUGUGCC